AUGAGUUCUAAUAAAAAAGAAACUAAAUCAGCUAUUGAAUAUAAGCCAAAAUUAACAAAUGAAGAUGCUUGUGAAAUAGUUAAAAAUCUAUAUGGCGUUAAUUGUGUAAAUAUAAGUGAAUUAAAAGCAUAUGAUGAUAAAAAUUAUAAAAUUAAUGUUGAAAAUAUCAUUAAUAAUAAAUUCAUUGAAAAUAUUUGUUUGGAUGGAUAUGUACUAAAAAUAAUGAAUAGUCUUGAGUCCAAAGACAUUGCAUUUGUUGAAGCACAAAAUCGUGUUAUGUUAUAUUUAGCUCAAAAUGGAAUUAUAUGUCCUAUUCCAAUAAAAAACGUACAUGGAAAAUAUUAUUCGGUGGAAAAAAUAUCAAAUAAUUAUCAUGUAGUUCGAAUGUUGGAAUUUGUAUCUGGAACAAUAUUUUGUGAUGUGGAAAUAACUGAUUAUUUAUUUUAUUGUAUUGGUGAAUACGUUGCAAAGUUGGAUCAAUUGCUCAAAAAUUUUUCAGUGGAUGGUAUCGACACGCACACAUCGAUAUGGCACAUGAUAUGUGUACCCAAACUGAAAGAAUAUUAUUAUUGUAUUAAAAAUGAUAAACAUUUAAAUUUAAUUAAUGAAAUUGUGGACGCAUUUGAACAGAAUGUUCAACCAAAUUUACAUUUGUUAGAUAAAGGCGUUAUACAUGGCGAUUUUAAUGAACAAAAUAUUGUAGUUGAGAAGAACCUUAAAAAUUAUUGGAUUAUAAAAGGUGUUUUAGAUUUUGGUGACAUGAAUGUUGCAUAUUAUUUAUUUGAAUUGGCCAUAACAAUAGCUUAUGCAAUAAUACAUAGUAAAAGUAUCGAUAUGGGAGGUUUAGUGAUGGCUGGAUAUUUAGCAGUUCGAGAUGUGUUUGAAUUCGAAAUCAAUUUAUUGAAGACAUGCAUAGCUGCAAGAAUUGCCCAAUCGUUAGUUUUGGGAGCAUUCGCUCAUGAAAAAGAUCCUUCUAAUAUGUAUGUGUUAACUACUCAAGAACAUGGGUGGAAUAUGUUGGAACUGUUGUGGAAAAUACCAAAUGAAGAUCUUCUAUACAAGUGGAGAGUUAUUGGUAGCAAUUUCUCAUUACCAAAAGAUUGGAAAUAGUUAUCAAACUUCAUAUUUAAGUUUUAGCACAUAACUUUUUCAGAAAACGCACAUUUAGAUUAUUUAAGAUAUUAAGACGAUAGAUUUUAGCAUAUUUUUCACGUUUGAAUCGAUUAGAACACUCAUGUUUUGUUUUUGAUAUACAAGCAUUACUGUUAAGUGAAA